UCUUCCUCGUGUCCUGUGUAUCUCAGAUUCUCAUCUUCUUAUCAGGGUUCUCCGGCGAUGGGUGAUACCUACCGGAAAUACCUUUCCACUGAAAGAGAUGAGCUUUCUGAUCCUUACCGGAGAUACUCUUCCUCUGAAAGAGCCGAUCCCUCUGAUUCUUACCGGAGACACCCUUCCACUGAAAGAGAUGCACGAGCUGCUGUUCCAUCUUAUAUGCAAUUCAACACACCUUCUACAACUUCUCAUCCGACGUGGAGCUUAAGUGACUCUCAGAAAACACCUGAUUUACUACAUAGUGAUAUGUUAUCAGCGCGAUCCACAAAUCAUGGGUUCGAUGAUCAUACUGGAAUGGGGGUUCAUGCUUCAAACAAGUUCAGUAGAUUGCCAGCUGGAGAUGGUGAUAGAACAUUUAGUCCUUUGGUAGAUCCAGCUUUAGCACGAGAUGUUUCAGUAAACAUCAAUCAUGACAUUGUGACCAAUGGUCAAUUGCCGGAAGAGUCUAACAUUCUUUUUGUCGAUUGUCUCCCUACUGAUUGCACAAGAAGAGAGGUGUCCCAUCUAUUUCGCCCAUUUAUUGGGUUCAAGGAAAUUCGAGUUCUACACAAAGAACCUCGCGGGGCUGGGGAUAAGGCUAAAGUGCUAUGUUUUGUGGAAUUUGAUGAUGCCAAGUGUGCUUCGACUGCAUUAAAUGCCCUUCAAGGCUACAAGUUCGAUGAUAAGAAAUCCAAUGCACCGGUCUUGCAGAUUCAGUUUGUGAAAUUUCCCUUCCGUCCAGCUUCUCUUCCUAAUAGCCAGACUUAACGGAAACCACACUGGUUUCCUCUAACGCAAUCUUAGGGCUUGCGAGCUGGUUGGAAUCUAAUCUUUCUUACAAUCUUCAACGCAAAGCAAUGUUCAAGCUUUCAUGCAACUGAAUGGUCUUAUAGAACUUAUAUUUGAAUGUAUCAACUAGUGGGAGCUCCCCAAAUUAUUUACCUCUAUUUAAAACUUCAAAGAUGAGUUGACUUGGAAACACUCCCAUGGAGGAGCUACCUUGUGUCGUGGGGCAGUAGAUCGAUUCAUUUGGCUUCCUCUUGUUGUUUUCUUGCAGUUGUUUGAGGGCAAUCUCACGCAUAAUAUAAACCAUUAGCAUUGAACACUUUAUAUUUGAAACUGGUAGAUACUUUGUA